UGUCUUCUUCUUCCUGAUGUCCAGACCACGACAAGAUGUUCAAGCUGAGCGACAACAUCCUGCUGCUGUGUGUGGGAGAGGCGGGCGACACCGUGCAGUUCGCCGAGUACAUCCAGAAGAACGUGCAGCUGUACAAGAUGAGGAACGGCUAUGAGCUCAGCCCCACAGCCGCGGCAAACUUCACACGGAAGAACCUGGCGGACUACCUUCGGAGCAGGACCCCGUACCACGUGAACCUGCUGCUGGCGGGCUACGACCAGGCCGACGGCCCCGCCCUCUUCUACAUGGACCACCUGUCGGCCCUGGCCAAGGCCCCCUUUGCGGCCCACGGCUACGGCGCCUUCCUCACCCUCUCCAUCCUGGAUCGCUACUACAAGCCAGAUUUGACGCGUGAGGACGGUAUUGCACUGCUGCAGAAAUGCAUCCAAGAGCUCAACAAGCGCUUCAUCCUCAACCUGCCCUCGUUCAACGUGCGGGUGAUUGACAAGGAGGGCGUCCAUGACCUGGAGAAGGUCCGUGUGAUCCCCCAGUGACGGCCGCGUCUCCUCCAACACCCCCCCCCUCUGUCUUUUGUUUUUUUUUAUCCACUUUGUACGUUGACCCGCCUACUUUUUAUGUUCCAAUAAAAAGUGACACGCUGUUG